UUGUAAAAAAACGGUGAAUCCCCGGUAGAUGAUGAACGAUGGAUGCUGGUCGUGGAACAUUUAUUGACUGCCAUUGUCAUUUAGCUGCAAAUGAUUUCAAAGAGGAUCUUGCUGAGGUGAUUUCCAGAGCCACAAAUAAUGGAGUAGAGGCUGCAUUAGUAGUGGCAGAACAUCAUGGAGAGUUUGAGAGGAUCUUAGAGUUAUCAAGAAGCUUUCCUUGUUUUGUGCUUCCAUGCUUAGGUGUCCAUCCUGUGCAGGGCUUAAGUCCCGAUACACAAAGAAGUGUAAAGGAGAAUGACAUUGAGGAGGCAUUGCUUGAUAUUGAGAAAUAUGCUGAUCAGCUGGUAGCAGUUGGGGAGGUAGGAUUGGAUUUCACUCCAAGGAUUGCAAAAUGUUCCGAAGACAAAGACAUUCAGAGACUGGUUCUAACAAAACAGAUUCAACUUGCUAAGAGACUAAAUCUACCCCUAAAUGUUCAUUCUAGAUCUGCAGGCAGACCAACUAUUGCUUUGCUUCAUGAACAAGGUGCUGAGAAUGUAUUGCUUCACGCGUUUGAUGGUAAGCCGUCUGUAGCUAUGCUGGGUAUACAAUAUGGCUAUUACUUCUCCAUACCGCCCUCUAUAGUUAGGAGUGGACAAAAGCAAAAGCUAGUUAAACAGCUCCCUCUUGAGAGGAUUCUAUUGGAGACUGAUUCCCCAGCAUUGUCUGCAGAAAAACAAAAACGGAAUGAACCCAGUAACAUUCAUAUAUCAUGUGACUACAUCGCAGAGGUCAAAGGUGUGUCAGUGGAGACAGUUCGGCAAAUCACCAGAGAAAAUGCCCUGAGACUUUUCCCUAAAAUUCAGAAGUUUCUAAAAACAAGAUGACAUUUCAAAGGACUGUAGCUUAUUCAUUUUAAAUUGAUGAAAUAGGAAAAAUUAUUUAAUGUGGCCAUUGUAAAAUGAUUAUUAGGCCAAUUUAUGGAUAUGAACUAUUUAUGUUUAUUCUAUGUAGAGAUUUUCAUUAUUAUUCUUUUAGAACUUGGAGAAUAAUAAUAGUUGUUAAGUUUUUAAGAAGUGUAGUAUUCAUUGAUCCAGUGGUCCAUCCUAUGGCAUUUCCAUCCAGAGUCAAAUUAUGGUGCGAAUUUCAAAUUUGUAAUGAAGGAGAAUUCUUUCCUGAACUGGAAAAAUGUAGUAUAAUCCGCUGGUUUCAUGCAUGUACUGUACAUUUAUGAAAUAUGUUAGAUAAUAGCUUAUAUUAGAGUUAGUUUGGAAAAUCACUACUUGAUCCAGGUCUCUUCCCACUUAAUCUUAAUCUGACUCAAAUUUCUUUGAUCCUUUUUAUCUACAGGAAACUCCAUGUAGUAACAAAUUUAAUCUGAUUGCACCAUGUCCUUGAUCCAUUUGGUCAUAUUAGGCAGCCAUUCUAAAGCUGGGGUAAUGAAUAUCCAGCAUCUAGAAAGAUCACUUCGGCCAGUAUUUACAUGUAAUUCUUGAAUCUCUGUAUUUUACACAGUAUUCUGCUUAAUUAUUAUAACAUCUUUUUAUUCAAUUACUUUAUUUGGCUAGGUAUUUUGUUGAAAUCCAGGUCAGCUCUCUUCCUGGCUAAAGUCUGACUUGUAUGCCGUUUACAAAUUCACACACAUACAGUCAUACAUUCUGCUUACAGACAUACUUUGGGUGAACACUGUACUUGAAAUUACCCUGUCCAUUAUUUGACUUAGAAUUAUCA